AUGGUUAGUGAGAUGCAACGACUAUUUGGUAUUGAGAUCAAUUACAGAUUUGCUCUCCAAGCAAGAAACAUUGCAAUAGACAUGACAUAUGGAGAUUAUGAUCAGUCUUAUCAGAUGCUUCCUUCAUAUUUCCAUUUGUUGAGAGAGUCUAAUCCACAGACCAGUAUUAAUGCUUUCGAGAAUCAUUUGCGAUCGGUCAUCGUGGUAGAUGGGACCCAUCUGAAGGGAAAGAAUAAAGGCAUUUUGUUUGUCGCUGUGACAAAAGAUGGGAACGAGGGAGUGUUUCUUCUUGCAGUUGGGCUUGGCCCAAUUGAAAACGAUGAGUCAUGGACAUGGUUUUUCCAUCGAUUGCGUGUUUAUUUUGAUCAGUCUGAUGAUUUGUUGAUUGUGUCUGAUCAACAUAAAAGCAUUAAAAAUGUUGUGGAAUUAGUGUAUCCGAAUGCGGCCCAUGGAUUUUGUUAUUACCAUAUACAGAAUAAUCUUGCACGCUACGGGCAACAUGUUGUAGCACUUUUCAAAGCAGCAGCAUAUACUUAUCGAUCUGAGGAGUUCGAGAGAAAUUUUGCUGCAUUGCACAUUAUGAAACCGGCAGCACACAAACAACUACUUACUGUUGGGGAACUUAGGUGGGUUAGAUUGAAGUGCUCUGUACGAUGUACCGGUUUUAUGACGUCAAAUGCAGCUGAGAGUUUGAAUAGUCGAUUAUUGUGGGCUCGAUGUCUACCAAUUUGCUCAUUGCUUGAGUCCUUUCGAACUAUCGUAGAAAAAUGGUUUGACGAACGACGAGCCACUGCUGCUGCACGAUCGCAUGAAUUGACUGAGGUGGUGUCAUCUAAGGUGCAGGUGGGUGUGGAACAAGGGCACCGCUUAGUUGUUCGUGGAACUACCACGCAUAUGUUUACAGUUGAGGAAGAAAACACAUACUUUGUGGUCGACCUUGAGAACCAGACAUGUGAGUGUCGUGAGUUUGAGUUGGACGAGAUCCCUUAUCGUCACGCUUGCGCUGCUAUAAGGUGUGCUGGUUUAAACGUCACUGAUUUUGUGGGCCGAUAUUUCAAACAAUAUCCAUUGUUGGAGACUUAUGCAGUUCGCAUCGCGCCCAUACCAUAUCCAACACCGUGGAAUGUGCCGAAAGGAGUAUCAUCGUAUAUUGUCACGCCCCCAAUUAUCAAACGUCAGUCAAGUCGUCCUAAUAUGCAUUUCUGA